CCCCAGAUCAUUUCCCACACUCCACUGUCUGUGUUUCCAAGGACACAGCAACCCGCGACUGGCCUCUCUUUCUCUCUCUCCACCAUCACUCCUUUCUGUAAAUUUUUGUUCGACCUCAUGGCGUCUUGAUACGCGUCUCGACCACCGGCAGGUACGGUAGAGAUCUUUGAUUUCAUCUCUUCGCAGAAUGGUGCCCUCUUUUCUGCGUCCGCGUUCUGCCAGACCUCGCGUCGGGUCCCAGGGCCCUGCGAUCUCUCCCUCGUUCGAGCAACGAAAUCCUCGAGUGCCUGUCGCAGACUUUACGGAAGCCGAUGAAGACGAGGACGACGAUGACGACGAUGAAGAGGACGAGGAAGAGGACGGGCGAGGUCAGGGACUUCGCGCUUUUGGCAGGCCCAGCCGCUUCCCAGAUGAAGAUCCCCACGAGGACCCGGACGACGAAGGGGACGAAGAUGGUCAAAGAGACGCGCUGCCUGUCUUGCCAUUAUUCUCUGCAUCUCACCUAGACUCUCUGCCCGUGUACAGCAUCACCCACGCUAUUCGAAUCAUCGUGAUCGCUCGCACUGAAACCUCCUUGACGUGGGACCAGUUGAGGUCCCCGCAAGUAUCUCAAUUCCUCGUCAAGCCGAUGCAGCGUCAAAUACGAACUCAGCACUUUACGCGUGCUACGAUAUAUGCCCUCAUGGCCAACUGCCUGCAGUUCACCAAGGAGGCUCAGCGAUACGCCGCCAAUGCGGGCACAAGCCACACGAGAGCCAAAGUCUGCGAGCUCUUGGCUCUGAAAAUACUCAAGGAGUACUCGACGAGGGAACUCAUCGACGCACUGGCGUAUGAUUUCCACCCUCUGCAAGGCUUGCCGGGUCUCUCGUCCAACGACCUCGCGAUUGGAGCAAGCUCGAAGAAAGGAGGGCUGAACCCAUCUCGGACCUCCACUCUGGAAGUCGCAAUCAGGGCGUCGGCAAAGCACUUUCUGGCUCAUCCCGUGGUCGUCCAGCAGCUUGAGGCUAUCUGGAGUGGCGCUGUCACGUUUUACUCGGCUGCGGACAGUCUGCACCGGGCACCGCCCAACAGCCCUUCCCAGACCCUGAACGGCAGGAUGGGCAAGCCCAAUGCUACAACUCCCUUGAUCGGCAAAGUAUCUUCCCAAGACAAACACCCACAUGUACCACCGGGCAGGCGAACAGUGAUGCUCUACGACCCGCGGCAAGCCUCGAUGCUGAAGCUUUCUCGCCUGCGCGUGCCUCGUUAUAGAUCAUUCCUGUCCACGCUGUCACUAGCCAUCCUUAUCGGGCUUUUCCUCGCAGUUCUAAUCGAGCGGUCUACAAAGAUCACAGGACUGGAGCUCGUGUUCUGGUUCUGGAGCGCCGGCUUUAUGCUGGAUGAGCUUGUCGGAUUCAACGAACAAGGCUUUGCGCUCUUCGUCAUGAGUGUAUGGAACUUGGUCGACUUGGGCAUCCUCGUGCUGCUCAUUGUGUAUUACUGCAUGCGCGCCUACGGCGUCUUCAUGGCUGACCCGCAUCACUGGAACGAUAUGGCCUACGACGUGCUAGCUGCUAACGCCAUUCUACUCCUGCCACGCAUCUUCAGCGCGCUAGAUCACUACCAGUACUUCUCGCAGCUCCUGAUUGCGUUCCGACUGAUGGCUGUCGAUCUGGUGGCCGUCCUUGUCCUGGUCCUGAUCAUGUGCAGUGGCUUCUACGUCUUCUUCGUCCUGUCAGACAACAAGAACGACGGAGGAGAAGUGGCAUUCAAGAUCUUCCAGCUGCUCAUGGGCUUCACGCCUGCUGCAUGGGAUGUGUGGCCUACUUACAACUGGCUUGGACGGGGGCUGCUCGUGCUUUUCCUGUUCAUCUGCCAUUUUCUGGUCGUCACCAUCCUCAUCACGGUCCUCACCAACUCCUUCAUGGCCAUUGCUUCCAAUGCGACCGAGGAGCAUCAAUUUCUGUUUGCUAUCAACACUAUUUCUAUGGUCAAGAACGACGCUUUGUUCUCUUACAUCGCACCAAGCAACAUCUUUGCAUGGCUGCUCAUGCCUCUGAGGUACUGUAUGCCCCUCAAAGAGUUUGUGUGGCUCAACCGCACCAUCAUCAAAAUUACACACUUUCCAGUGCUCUUCUGCAUUUAUUUGUAUGAGAGGCUCUGGCUUGCAUCGAGUGUGUUUGAGCCCACAGAUCUCAUCGACAACAGCUCUGGUGGACGUGACAGGAACCUUGCAUUCAUCGAUGCUGCUAACAGAAGCGCCAUCUUCAGUCCCAACGUCAGAGUGAGGGAAGAGUCGGUGGCGGGAUUCCAGAAGGAUCGUGCAUUGGAGGAAGUUUUCAGACGCAUGCCCGAGCCUGCUACGCUGAGAACGCAGCGCAGGAAUGAAAGACAGAAGGCGCAGACUGCCAUCAGGAACUGGAUGGACCAGCACGAUGAGGAUGGCGGCACGCAAUCGAAUUGGCCCACAAUGGAUAGCAGAGCCUUGCCGGACUGGCAUCGCAGGUUGAGUGCUGGUCGGGAUCGCCCUUCGCAACUGCGGCACAUAUCUGAUGUUCGCUCCACAGCAAGCGACCCUGCUGAUCUGAUGUCGAACGUCGGAGGGUUGCCAACAUUCCCCCGGAGACCACUGAGGAAGGAUGUCGUGCUCAUGGCGCCCGACUACAAGGAGAAUACGGACGCCGAUGGGGACGACGAGCUCGUCACGAAUGACGAGGACGAAGAAGAUAACGUUACGCAUGAGGUUAGCAGUCGGAAGGGCGCGAUGGGGUCGCAAGCCGAUCCAGAGGGGGACUACUUCACGGCACCUGUGACAUCCCGACUUGUGAAGCUGGCAUCUUCUGCUGGCUCUUCUGAACGUGGUGUGCCGGCGACCCCUCGACAGGCCGCUCCACGCCGCGCGGGCAUGCACAGCCGGACAAUGUCUACGAACACGAUACUCUACAACCCUGGCGAGGUGAAACAAGCCCUGAGGGUUGUCCACAGCUCGUCUUCGGCGGCCUCGCACGGAAGGGCGGACCAGACAGGUAGCGGUCGUCAGAGCGGACGCAGUGGAGGUGAUAAGACCCCAGGGAAACGCGCAUCGCCUCGGCGACGAUCGCCCCAGAGACAAACCGCGGCAGCGGCCACCCAGCCACGACCAGUUACCGCACCGCGCGGGUUGACUGACAAUGGCGGCAUCACUCGGACGGCUUUGAUGAGCAUCGAUCCCCGCAACCGACCGCGCGACGCACGGAGACUGCCGUCUGUCGACAUGAGCAUACUGUCUGGCGACACCAGCCUGCGGUAUGCCAACGACGACGUCCACGGUGGUAUGGCCGGCAGCUUCCAGACCCAAAUGGCCAUGGCCAUGAUGAAGGACAACCAGAGGCGCGUGGCCGGCAACAUUGAUGCCGCAGACCGUGACAGGAUGGGACGCCUGGUGCUGGCGAGAAUGAAGACCCUGGAGGAGGGCUUUGCGGAUAUCAUCAAGGAGGUGCGCGCAAUGAAAGAGUCGGGCCCGUCUACCAGACGUAAUUCCGACACGGAAUUCAAGGGCCAGCCAGCGAAAAGGGCCAAGGGCGAUACGACACCGAACAAGGCGGGCGGUAAGAGGCCCGUCAGCCGGCGAAGCUGGAAAGAGCCCAAGGACAUUAAAGGGAAAGGCAAGCGAUUGGUGUAUUCGUCUGACGAUGAGGCUGAUGGCGAUGAGGGCUUCGCCAGACGAGGGAGCUCAAUGUGAGUCGCGGUUUCCAAGGAGGGUGCAGGGCGUUCGGUUGCAUGGUUUGCGUAAGUAUAUAUGGGCUUUGGCGUUUCGCAAGACUUUGUGCGCACCAGAGCAUAUACGACCACCUCGCUUGGUAUCUAAUUCGAGAAGAUGCGCACCACAGAUGAGUUCACUUCC